UGAUACACAUGUGGGCAGUCGAUUAUUUAGUUGCUGAGUGGGCAGUGAGAGUGCAUUUCGGUUAAUGAGUCAGAGAAUUAAAUUAUACCCAGUUCACAUGAUUGGAGAUUCUUUUAUAAGCUUGGGAAUCCCUUUACAGUAAGGGUCUUCAGCUUUAAAAGACUUCUCACCUGCUGUGGAGAGAAUUCAAUCUCUGUCCUUUUCAUAAGGAAGCCAUGCCAAGCCGGCCAAUCACAAUCAUAUCGAAUAAGACAGGACAAGGGGGAACCUAUCAUGGGAUGAACCUCCACAGCUCCAGAAUGUGUGAGUGUACGGAGUCUGACUCAGCUCAAUGUGGGGAGUCAGGCCUCGGCUCUACUGUGGACCUUAUCAGCAGCUGUUCUCACACACAAUGUAGCCAAAACCAUUGUCCUGCUCACAAAAACUGGCUCCCAAAAGUCCAAGUGCCGAGAGAGGAUCCCAGAGAAAGGAGGCAGAGAAUGAAGUCAGCCUUCAUCGGUGUGCUGAAGAUCCCAAUCCUCUUCUUUCUCCUCUAUUGCUUCGUUUGUUCCUUGGAUACCUUGAGCUCUGCUUUUCAGCUGGCUGGGGGUAAGGUGGCUGGAAAUAUCUUCCAGGACAAUGCGAUCCUGUUGAACCCGGUGGCCGGCUUGGUGGUUGGCAUUCUGGUCACAGUACUGGUGCAGAGCUCAAGCACCUCCACUUCCAUCAUUGUCAGCCUUGUUUCAUCUGGCCUGUUGGAAGUGAAGUCUGCCGUCCCUAUAAUAAUGGGCUCGAACAUUGGAACAUCUGUCACCAACACCAUUGUGGCUCUGAUGCAGGCUGGGGAAAGGAAUGAAUUUAAACGGGCGUUUGCCGGAGCUACGAUCCACGACUGCUUUAACUGGCUGUCGGUGCUGGUAUUGUUGCCCCUGGAGGUUGCUACAGGUUUGCUCAGCUAUCUGGCCAGAGUCAUUGUAACCAGCUUCCACAUGCAAAGUGAAGAGGAAGCCCCAGAACUACUCAAGGUCAUCACUGAUCCUGUCACCAAGCUCUUCAUACAGCUGGAUAAGUCUGUGAUCACUGGCAUCGCUAUGGGAGAUGAGAGCAUGAGGAACCGCAGUCUGAUUAAAGUGUGGUGCGACAGCAUGUCCACAGCGAAUGUGACGGCGAAUGUGACAGUGAGUGUUCCUCAGAAUUGUUCUUCAGUGUUGCAUUGUGGGAAGGCUGGUGAUCUCGUCACGCAGGUUAAUGAAGAGAGAUGUUGGCACAUGUUUGCCAAUACCGACUUGUCUGAUCUGUCUGUGGGUCUGAUUCUGCUGGCUGGAUCUCUCGUGGUGCUCUGUUCCUGCCUCAUCUUAAUCGUCAAGGUCCUCAACUCAGUCCUUAAGGGUCAAGUGGCGCGAGUCAUUCAAAUGGUCAUUAACACAGAUUUCCCAGACCCCUUUGGCUGGCUAGCAGGAUACGUGGCCAUGAUUGUCGGAGCAGGAAUGACUUUCCUGGUGCAGAGUAGUUCAGUUUUCACCUCUGCCAUGACUCCACUCAUUGGGCUUGGAGUGAUCAGUCUGGAGAGGGCAUACCCUUUGACUCUGGGCUCCAAUAUUGGCACGACUACUACUGCUAUCCUCGCUGCGCUGGCGAGCCCCAGCGACAAGCUGACUGCUGCCUGCCAGAUCGCUCUGUGCCAUUUCAUCUUCAAUGUGUUUGGAAUUAUUCUAUGGUACCCGCUGCCUUUCAGCCGUCUGCCCAUCCGCAUGGCAAGAGCGUUGGGUGAGCGCACAGCUAAGUACCGGUGGUUUGCUGUGCUUUACCUCCUGCUCUGCUUCCUGCUACUCCCCGCUCUUGUCUUCGGUCUCUCUCUGGCUGGCUGGCAUGCCAUGCUAGGUGUAGGAGCGCCAUUUGCCGGGGUCGCCACCUUCAUCAUUCUGGUAAACCUGCUGCAAUCACAUAGCCCCACCCACCUGCCCCGGUGCCUCCGGAACUGGGACUUCCUGCCUCUAUGGAUGCACUCGCUCAAACCCAUGGACAAACUCAUCACCAAAGCCACAGCUCUUUGCUGUAAGUCCACCAAGUCCAGUCUUGACCCUGAAUCUUCCACCAUUACCGAUACUGCUAACACAGAACCAGAAUCAGUGGCAUCUCAGAGAAAGGCGCAACUAUCAUACGACAACCCCACGCUUUCGUUUCAGGACGAGUCGCCUCCGCAGCCACGAGUGUUCAAAUUAAAGGGGCUAGAACGGUGCAACAGCACACCACUUUAGAGAGAAUAUUACCCAAUAAUACCCUAUGGCCAGUGUGUGUUUCUCAGGUCCAAUGUGACAGAACUAAACCAUUCUGAACAAGACUUAUUUGUGCUAUUGGCAUAAUAAAGCCUCUCUUAUAUUGCAAGUUCAGCCUUGCAAAAGAUUAUUUUGUCAAAGUGUCCCAGCAUGGUUAAUUGUGCUGUAUAAAUGAUGUGAAUGAUUAUGACUUUGGGAUACUGAUAGCAGAAACCCCAGCACUGCCAAUCUGCCACUCUGGAUAAAAGUAUUAGCCAAAUGAGCAAAUGUACUCAGCAAAAAAAAGAAUCGUCCUCUCACAUUCAAAUGCUUUUAUUUCCAACAAAUUUCUUAACAUGUGUAAAUAUUUGUAUUAACAUCAAAACCUUCAACAACUGAGAUAUAAACUGAACAAGUUUCACAGACACUUGAGGAACAAAAAUGGAAUAAUGAGUCCCUGAACAAAGGGGGGGUCAAUAUUAAAAGUAACAGUCAGUAUCUGGUGGCCUCCAGCGGCUUUAAGUUCUACAGCGCAUCUCAUCCUCAUGGACUGCACCAGAUUUGUCAGUUCUUGCUGUGAGAUGUUUCUCCACUCUUCCACCAAGGCAUUUGCUAAUUCUCGAUCACGUUCGGGGGGGGACACAUGGUUAUAUGUAAUUUUCCACUGCAAGGACGAUCAGCUGUCCUUCCUGUCUCCCUGUAGCACCGUCUUAGGCAUCUUACAUUACAGACAUUGCAGUUUAUUGCUCUGAACACAUCUGCAGUCCUCAUGACUCCCUGCAGCAGGCCUAUGGCAUGUUCACGCAGGUCUGCAGUAACCCUAGGCAUAUUUCUUCUGUUGUAUUUCCAAGUCAGUAGAAAGGUCUCUUUAGUGUCCUAAGUUAUUGUAACUGUGACCUUAAUCGCCUACCGCCUGUAAACUGUUCCACAGGUGCACGUGCAAUAAUUGUUUAUGGUUCAUUAAACAAGCAUGAAAACCAUUGUUUAAACCCUUUAAAAAUACAGAUCUCUAAAGCUUACUUGGAUUUUACAAAAUGAUCUUUAAAACACAGUCUCCUGAAAAAUGGAUGUUUUUUUGUGGAGUGUAUAAAUGUAAGUAGUGUCGAAGUGGGUUUAUGGAAUCAUUCACCUCACCAUGAAAUAGAAAUAUUGGUUAAAGCAAUAGAGGCUAAAGAAGCAGUUUUUUUUUUUUUUUUUUUUUUUUUUUACUAGAUAAAUUAUACAUUUAGGGUUCGCUGCUCUAGCGACUCUCACGUGAAUGUGUUUAGUUUUAUAAAUACCAAUUGAAUUGUGUCGUUCUUUAGGUAAUGGCAGGAUGAGAGUAAUUGUUCAUCAAUAAGAUGGACCUGUGCUGUUCAAGGAAACACAGUCUGGGGCAUUACGUGCCUGGUGUUUAAAGCACACAUCAUUGAAAUCCCCAGAUAAUAGUCUUUCACAACCAACAGGCCAAUUUUAUGUUCUCACAACAGGAGAAGCUAUCAAACACCAACAAUUACGCCACAACACAACAGGCACUGAAAGAUAACAAUGAAGAUUUCUUUUCUUAGUGUUUUCAGUUGUUGGAAACUGCUGUUGUUCAGUCCAUGCUAAUUAGCCUGUAGAGAUUUAAAACGUUCCAAUAUUGUUCAUAUAUUGAAAGAUAUUUCAUGCUAUUUUGAAGAGAUCACGCACUGGGUUAACGUAUGCGCAUUCUUCUGGAGUCUGAACUUUAAAUCCCUUUGUAAGACAUUUCUGUGACAUUUGUAAUAUAUAGCAUUCAACAAUCACUCUGAAAAUAUCAGCACUACUUUAUACAGGGUCCUUUUUUUCAAUAUGCCUUUGCGUUCUUUUAUUUUUUUGUUCACCCCAUCUUUUUCUGACAUGAUGCAGGAUUGAUUUCAGGCUUUCCAUCAUGAAUACACUUCUUUCAAAUUCCAUGUAUUGACUUAUUAUCGAUCCCUCAGUCAUGUACUAGUGUGUCACUAUUGAACUCUAAGUAAUUCAUUAUUAGAAAGCAAAUGUAGAAUAAUGUACUGUGAUGCCAUGAACUGGCAUAACAACUGGAAAAAUUACUACACUAUAUAUUAUUUAAAAUGUGUAAUGUCUUUCUAUUUCUUACCAUGUACUGUAAUAAUCACUACAUUCAAUAAGUUUUUUUUUUUUUUUUUUUUUUUUUUUUUUUUAAACAUAGAAAUGGAAUCUUGUUGAACAGAAAACAAACUGGUGCUUUUGGAUAAUGGAAGCUAUUUUUGUAUUUACAACAUUUCCUAAGCUCUUUUUCAACGUGUACUGUGAAAAUCAUCAUUCCAAUGCACCGUCAGAUGUACAUACAAAUGUCUGCCACUCAAAAAGGAAAUAUUCAUAAUAUUAAUUCAAUUUAAAAUAUCGUUAGGUUUUUCAAGAAUAUUAAGCAUCCUAGAGAUGUAUUCUGAUUCUGAUACUGUAAUAUAUAAAUCAUUCCUUAAACUGUCAUUUGAAUUCAUUAAAUAAUAAGUGCUAUACAGAA